AUGAAUACGGCAUCGAGACCCCGUUUUAGCCAAUUGCCGAAUAUAGUGCGCACAUGUUUGCGUCAGGCGCAUAGAGGACCGAAGAAGGAGUUUCAGGGGCCACAGGGCCACGGAGAAAAGAUUUGGGUCUUCCGACACAGGAGGUCUGAUCAAAUAGUAUACUCUUUCGAUGAGAGAUUGGAUGGAUUCCACGCUCUGAAGCAGAUGCCCUUCAAUGGCAAGAAGACCAAGCCAGCCAAACUCCGGAAAGACUACUGGUCGCCGAUGGCCAUGAUCAAAUUUCCUGAAGGCCAAGGAGCCAUCGGGCGCUCUGUGUACCAAAAACUACGCGAAUUGAAACACCUACACGAAGUCAAUUGGGACGACGAAUUCCGAUACAAGUCUGCCGACGAAUUCACCGCGGUAGACAAGAAGAAGAUUGCAGACGAGAAGGCCAAGGGAAACGACUACAGACCCGUACGAAGCAAAAGCGAGAGAGGCGUGGCGCUGAAUGCGCAAAGGACGAAUUCGAUUGCUGACAUGGCUGCCGUUUUGGCUGGUCAAGGCCAUGGAAAUGCGGUUGCUGGCGCGGGCGAGGCUACAGAUGGUCAAAAUGAGUUGGUUCAGGUGUCCAUUAGCUGGGCAAAUGACCAGGAUAAGGAGUACGCAGAGUCUUGGUCGAAGAAUGUCACGCACGGAUUAUUUGAGCAGCCAGUGUACACCUCUGGCAAGGAGGCAGAGUCUACGCUUACGGCCUGA